GUUUCUUAAUUUCACUGUAAGUACAAUUUGCAACUCCACUGUUUCCUGAUCAAACUUUUUCUCCUUUCAUCAUCUCACGCACAAAAAUGAAUCCAACUUUUUGAGUUAAAAAAUUGCAAAGAUUAUAGGCAACCCAAAACUGAAUUGUGCAAUAAAAUGACUAUUUAUUACCUUUUUAAAGUAACUGCUCUUCAUUGAUUCAUUGAGAUUUUGCCAUAGGAGCAUCAUUCCUCCUAGGGCUAAUAAAAUAACUAGUAGAAGUUAACCCAGUAUCAUUAUCAGUACCAUAAUACGGACUGAACAACCUCCACUGCUCUAACUACUCCCUCCUUUGGAUUUUACCAUAAAAUGCCUCUUAAAAUAGCUCAGCUAUUUUGAAAUAUUCUUUACUGUUUUAAAGAUCAAACGUUCAAGCAUCUUUCUUUUUUUUUUUUGCUUGAACACACAAAGCUAUAUGCCUGUGCCUGCAUAAAUGGACAUGCUAUGAGAUAAAUGAGCAAUAGGAAACCCAAAACAACUUCUGGAUUAGAAUUUCAGUCUUUUGUUUGUUUGGUAGUAUCUUUGGCAUGCUAGGGGCUUUCCAAAUAUAGGAGUACAGUUUCUGGCCAGAACUAGCUGCCAUUUUCUUAUUGCAGUUGAAAAAUACCAGUUCAUUAGUUUGCAUCAACAUGCUGCAUCUUUGAAGGAUUUCUCAGGUCCACAAUUGAAUUUCUGCUCAAAAUGAAAGAGUUGCAUCUCUGCACUUCAUUAUGAACUGGUGAUUAUGGAAUGCACCUGGGUCACUGGAGAGCUGGAUUCAGAUCGUUCCUCUCUAUCUGAUUUAAGUCAGCUUUUUCAAAUCAAGUUUCUCACAUCCCAGGUGAGUGCUUUAAAAACACACUUUGACUCUUCUUUUUAAGUUCCUGCUUCAGGCUAUUCCAAUUUGAAUAAUCAUUUAAUUAUUCAGUGGGUCAGAAGAGAACUGACUCUUGGCUUGGGCACUCCAGUGUGAUGUGAGAGACUGAACCCAACUGGUUCCUGUUGCAGAGUCUUGCAGCCUGCACUCCCGAGUAUGACAUGGUGAGAGCAGUCUCAUAUUCUUACUGUUGGCUUGCUGACUUUUCCUUUUGAAAAAUUGCAAAAGGUAUCAGGUUAGUCCCAAAGGAGAACAAAAGGAAAUUCUAAAAUCUUCGAAGUAUUUGUGAUACUGAAAAAUUCUUUCUUGCAUAGUUCACAAUUCAGCUAUUGUAAAAGUUAGUUGGUGAUGGAGUGCAUCUUUAUAAUCAAAAGAAUUUUCAUCUCAAAAUGGAGUUUUGUUGCCAUUGUUUUUGUUGGGUGGAUUGUGUGUUUGAACUCAAUAUUCUUACAUGCCCCUGAGCACUGAGAGAGUAGCUCUAGGAGGUGUGAUGGGUGAGACAUUAACCCUUUCUCCUGGUACUGCUUGGGACCUUGUGCAGCACAGAGCUUGCUGUGGAUGUCUCUCUGGGAGUGCUGGGAGGAAGAAAGAAAUGCUGUGUAAAUGCCAACAAAUGCCUGAGAGAUGCAAGGGAUACUGCACUUGUUUCUUCUCUCAGGAAGAACCUCCUCUGAGGUGGAGAAGAUCUAUGAAACUGGCAGAUUUCUCUGUCAAGAUCUCUUAAAAAGCAGAGAAGAAAUGUCUUAAUCUGUGGAAGGGAAAUCCACAAAAGGAGGAAAUCCUUCUUUUCUUAGAGAUAGAAAUACUCAUUUUGAUAGCUUCUGUUUCCUCUGUCUUUCAUUCUUAACUUGUCUGGCAGCACAACUCUGGCAGAAUCUAUGCUGUAUUGGUUGGUUCCCCUCCUGGCUGCUCUGCAACAGUGAUGGAUGGGAGCCAAGGGAAUAAAUAUAGCUCUGAGUUCCAGUAGUAACCCCCUGCCACACUUCUACACAGAAACUGGGAGGUCACGGGGGGAGAGGGAAUGGCUCAGGUCUGACUUCAGCUGAGAGGGUGUUUCUGUGCUCCCUGAGGAAGGGGAAAGGUGCUGCAGAAACCGACUCCUGCUUUUGUUUCCAUGCAGAACUGAAGGGAUCUGUAGAUCUAUUUUAAAAGCAUUACCAUUGGCUGUGCAGUUUCCAUGUGAGUUUAUUAAAUGUGGACAUUUUUUAUAUGUAAAAAUAACUUCACCAUUUUGUUAUUUCCUUUUACGUAUUUCACUUCGGUUGGAAAAAUGAAAUCAAUCUAGUCAGCUUUUCAUCAGUUUCUCUUUGGCUGUCAUGCAGUUGCACAAUGCUGCAGUGCUUGGCUAGCAAAAAUGUUUACAACGAAAAAUUGUUUUCAAUGGGAUUAAAAAAAGCACCAUGGAAACAUUUUUAUUGGUCUUCAAUUUUUGUGCGAUUCGGAUUUUUACAAGACCUAAACUACAUCAAUGGUAUAGCUCUAAUUUGAUUUUAAGAUUAUACUCUAUUUUUAUGUAUACUUGCAAGGUACGGACAAGAUAGUGCUACUAUCCUCUGUCACAAAGUAUAAAAAAUUCUAGCUUGACUAUUUCUUUGCAGCUGGCUCAAAGUUCUUGGAAAUCAUGAGCACCUUGCAGUUGACUCUCAAGAGUUUGGGGUCACACCUUCCACCUGUAUGUAAAUACCUGUUAUAAGUUGUUUUAAGCAGUCUUCAUCAUUUAGAACUGCUCUGAGUUGAUUUUUGAUCUGUUAAUGCUGUGAGAUUGCUGCAGCUGAGGUGAAUCUGGGGAUAUAUGUCUGCAACCCUUAAAUACCUUUAUUGCAGCUGGCACCUAUAGAAAUCUCACAUAUGGAGAAUAUAUGAAGUCAGAUCCUUGGAAGGUUAACUGUAAUAAAAUGCUAGGAGUAAAAUAUUGGCUGACAGUUACCCUUUGCAUCAAAACUCAAAUUCUUUUUGAAAAAGGUGCUUGUGAUCAGUGUUGAGUUAGUUUGGAUUUUAAUUUAUUUUGCUUUACAGUUUAAGUAGCAAAAGGCUCUUCUAGGGAUGGCCUGAAUUUGUGGCUAUUGAUGACUGCUUUAUGAAUAUGUGGACUGGGGCAGUCUGGGGAGGCACUGCACCUCUCCAGGGGCUGCUGCCACUAAAAACAGAGAGGAAUUCCCCAGGCACUCUGAGCUGUUUCUCACACUGCUUUUCUACCUUCAUCCUCAGCAGCCACCCUGAACCUACCAUACGAAUGAGGAAUGGGGCCCCUUGGGUACCCUUUGAAAAGGGAAAGCCUUUCUCUUAGAGAAACAUGAAUUUCAUAGGGCCCAAGCUUGCAGAUAAAAACUCUUCCAGGGUUUAUAUGAUCAACAUUCACCACCGAGUUCACUAAUUGAAGACCUUAAUGAAUGUUGUAAUGAUCAGGUCUGUUAUUGUCACUGAUUCAGUAUCUUGUUUUCAGGUGUGAGCUGGCUGAGUCAAAUUUAGUUUUCUCUCUUUUAAGUGAAAUCAUCCUCAUGCAAGCAAAAAAAAAAAAAAAUCACCACAACCCCCCCCCGCUCUAUAAAUAUAAUAUAUCACAGCCUCUUUCAAACACCAACUGUUGAUUGGCUACUCCCCAUGUCAUGAUACUAAAUCAUUGACUUCAGACUAUUAACCAUUUGCUUACUGAAUACAACUUCUGCAGUGAACUCACAUCCACCAUCUAGUUAGACAGAAGUUGCAUUUGAUAAGAUAACUGUUAUGGAAAGAAACAAACUAUCAGGCAGACUUUUUCUGUGAUUUUGGGAAAGGUAUUGAAAUUUAGCAUUUACAAAUAAAACCAGCUGGAUUUGAAAAUGGUUUACACAUGUAUAAUCUGUAAUGUAGCACAACUUUCAUUCUCCUGCUCGGUAGAUGGUAUAUAGAUCUAAGACUAGAUUUGAUGCCUCUGUAAAAAUAGUGUGGCUAGUCCAUGUUCUUCAACUGCAUGACACUUACUCAUGUACCUUUUUUAGAAGAAAACAUCUCUUUUCAGAAUAUGUUGAUGUUUUUAACCAUACGAGGACUAUUUUUAUGGGUGUGUUCUGCUUUGAUGAGGUUUUCUGUUGGGAGAUUGGAUUUUUGAAGAUGUGCUUCAUGAAUUUAAGUCAAACAAAAUGCCACCAAUUAUUAGAUUGUAAAAAACCAUCUCUUUUUAUAUUUCUCCUUUAUUAAUAUUGAUUUACAAAUAGGUCUUCAGAAAAAUUUUUGUGUUGCUUGUUGUUACGACACAUCAUAUAUCUUUUGCUAAUUGUGCAUUCUUUUCUUGGUUUUAAUUAUAUUGUGGAGCAAAUGUUUUGUCGUUUAAAAAAUAGCAUGGCGCAAUUUCAUAAUUUCUGAUUUAAUAAUGAAAAUAUCCCUGAAGACCCCAUCACUUUUUUCUUCCUUUAAGAAGCUGAUAAUCUCUGCACCUUUCUCUCUGAGGCUGGUGGUGGAGCUGAGCACAACGGAGCAAACCACAGAUAAGUGAAGGAGGAGCCCUGGCUUUCGGCAUGCUUCCAGCUCUGUGUGCAGGUGGCAGGGCAGCAUCUCUUGGAGCAGGGUCUCUGGGUUAGCCACAGCGCUAGGGAAGCAUGACAGGAGAAGCAGGGCUGGCAGGUAGAGGGAGAUGUGUUGCACGCAUCUUUUCAUACUGGAUUUGAAGAUAACUUUUCCUCCUUUGAGUAAUUUCUUCUAAUUUGAAUUUGGAAAUUGGUUGACCAAAAAAAGGAGGGGCAGGGAAGUGUCUUGAACACUUUCCAUGCUCUGUUCAGACGUGUGUGUGUGUUUUUUUUCACAGAAUUAUCUGGAAAACAUCUGCGAAAAAUGGAAGUUCUCAUCGUUAAACUGAAAGUUCUGCCAGGCUUGGAAGCCAUUUGUACCUUGUUCUGGGUCCAAGGUGCUUCCCAUGUGCAUCUGCUGAGUGUAGAAUUUACUCCUGUCCAGUUACAUCCAUUUAGGAUUUGCCCUUCCUUAAGAUCAGUAUUUAGGACUAGGACAGCUUUUAUAUGUUGAAUAAGGAUCAUUUAUUCCUAUAGAAAUAAAAGGGUUUAACAGCAAUGUACGAUCAAUAUGCAAAAGCCUACUAAGAUAAUUUGUAUUCAAAUGUGAACAACAUUAAUUCUAAACAAUCUUAAGCCCUUAUUUUGUCCAAUGAUUGCUGGACAUCGAAGUCAAGAAGGCUCUUCUAACUUAUUAGUUUAUUAUCAACAGUAUUGCCAACACUUAAACUCUUCAGUUAGGUAACCCAGUUACCUAUUAUUCUAUUAGGGCUUGCUGCACUCUGAAUAAAGUCCAUACUGAAACACUUGUCUUAGCACAGGUGCCCCAUCCUUGUAUGAGCAGGUGUAUGUGGAGUUUGCAAAGUGAACAAGGAGAAUGUAAACAAUUACUACUGAAUAAUAAUUUAGUAUUUUAUAAGAUGCUUGCAUGCCUGUCUUACAACUGCAGGAUAUUAAGACACCUCUAAAAGGUAGAAAUACACUUGUCUUUGAGAAAGUGAUAUGACAAGAGCAAGAAUACUUUAGAAUGGUCACAUCUUUUUAUGUUCUAUACUUUUUCCCCUUGGUUAACAUGCUUAAUUUUUCUCAGAAAGGCUGUAUGUUAAGAAACUUUUCUGUAGCCUAUAGGAGUUCUUUAGUUUAUGGGGAGGAUUGUAUGUACCUUCAGCUGUGAAUAAUUUGUGGAUAUAAUUUGUUUCCUGAGCUCUCUUUCAGAUUUUAUAAACAAGAUGUUCACAUACAUGUAAGGACUGUCAGUUAAAGCUGUUCAGUGCCAAACCUUACUGGUGCAGUGCUGUGAAUCCUCCUGUACUGCUUCAGCUGAUCUCAUACUGGGCAUUUCUGGAAUAGCAUUUGAGCCUGAGUUAGUGUGGAAGCAGUGGUAUUGCAAUGUGUUUUAGUUGUUUGGCUAAUGCUGGGUGUCAGGUGCUAAAGCAUUUCUGGGCUGAACUGGGUCUUCUGCAGUUAGAGAAAGUCCAAGUAGUGAAAAAUCCUGGACACAAUUCAGUUAGGUUAUGAGUUGGAUAUUACCAUGUUUUAAAAACUUGCAAUAGGACAUAUUACCUUCUCAUUUUUUUAAACUUUUUUAUCUCUGUUGUUUCCAUCAAUAAUCUGUGAUUUCAAAAAUCAUGUGUGGUCUCAUAAUUGUUUUUUAAAUUGGCUGGAAUUCCUUUAAAAAUGUGGUUCAAAGGAAGAGUUGCUUUUCAUACUUUAGAAUAGCUAUGGUCUUGAAUUACAUUUAGAAAAAGAUGUAUUAAAUAUAAACAAAUACAGUGUUCAUGUAAAAUGUUAAUUAAGCUCACAUCACAGAACUGUGCUUUUUUGUGAAGAGCAGGAAAAUUCUUCUCAUUUUCUUGUUCUUUCCACCAAGGCUUGUCUGGCAUCAUUCCAGCACCACCUUCCCACAGCAGGACCACUUCAGGCACCCCAGGGGACGGGGCUGUUCCCUUGCCCGUGGGCACUCCUGGCUCUGAAGCUGCUGGGUCUCUGGAGCAGGUCCUGCCAGGGUGGCCUGGCUCAGCCCUGGCCCGCUGCAGAUGAGGAAGUGUGGAGGGCAGGGGACUUGGAAGGAGUUUCAUACCUCCACACCCCAGGGAUGAAGACAGGAAAUACAUGUGGGGAGUGGCCAGGACAGGCAGGGGCUGGAGUGGCAUGGCUCAUUCCCUGUCAGAAGUGGACCAUCAGGGAUGUAGGGGCUGCAGACCAUGGGAGCUCCACCUUGGAGGCCCAACUGAGGAAGAAGAUGAAGAAAGAAUGAGAGAAGAGUUUUAUUGUGUCCCAGGAUAAUGCUGUCCUCUAUGCAUUCAGAUCAGAGCAGCCCACAGCCAUAUAAAAUACCUCUUACACUCUCACAGGUUGUUCUGUUGAACUAAUAUUUGCUAUUUUAAUUUUCUUUGCAGACCUUGAUAUCAAAGUCACUGCUCUUUCCCUUCUUGUUGGAACUCUUGGUAAAAUAAGAGAUCUGUUCCCAAUAUUGAAGAACUAAACCUAACAGAAUGAAAAAUUAACACGCUAAAUAUCAUAAGUAAUGAUAUAAACAAGGUGCUAUGUCAUUUUGCUUGCCAAAGACUGAGCCCUCUUUUGUCCAAAACCAGAUUAUGUUCUUCAUCUCCCUAAUGGAACUAUUAGAAAAUUCAUAUUGGAAGCCAGGACCUUGUUUGUGAUGCUGCUUCUCCUUUGGGGCUGAUAUUGAAGCGCAGGCACAGUAUAAAACUUCAGAAAGAAGGCAAAUAUGAGAUAGUUUUAGCCCAGGAUUAGCAGCUAGGACUCUUGAGUGUCAUCUGGACAUUGAUUAUUUGUCAGAUAAUGCAAUUACAUUUAAUGGAGGGCACUGCUCAGGAGUUACAGAGUUUAAGUAGCACGUUUGGGUUUUAUGCACUGUACCAUGUUCGCAGUCACAGCACAAACAUGAGUGACAUUUGACACUCGCUUGUGGUGCUACUUCUCCAGAGCAGCUGCACGUCACUGAAAACACUGAAAAAACCCACAAAAUGCCUGUCUUGCUCUCCUUGCCACUAAGUCUUGUUUAUGCUGUCCCUGAGAGGCAGAGGCUGCCCGAGAGAGUGGUGUUGGAGGAUGCUGUCACACGUUGUGUGCCUGUCAGGGAGCUGACACACUCGCUAUUGACUGUGACAUGUCACUUACAUGAAACCAUGCAGUGCUGCUGCAGCUUGGGGCACAGCACAGGUUAGGCAGCAACUGCAGUCUGUUUUCCUCUGCAUGACAGACUCAGCAAGAGGCACGAGAGUCUGAGCCAGGCCCCAGAUUUCAGGGUUUCUGCACUCCCGUUAAAAGAGGGAGAUAAGAAUGAUGUGCCUAAGAUGGUAUGAAAUAAAACAGAAGAAUCCUGUCCCUGUCCUCACAUGAACCCUGAUAAUACCAGGGAGGACUCCACCAUCUCCUUAUUGCAGCACAUAAGGAGUGAUUAAGUAAAAUUCUUGCUUCUGUUUUCCUUAUUGGCCUUAAAAUCCAAGAAUAAAUCUUGAUUUCUUUGAAUAAUGGGGACUUUUACCACUGGAACCAAGAUUUUUCUCUUAGAAAUAUUUGUCAGCUUUACUCCUCCCAUGGACAGGGUGCUGAUUUGUGUCCCUGAGUAAUUCCAGUGAUCCUGGGAAAACUCUCCCUACUCAAAAAGCCUAAGGCUGGUAGGUUGACAUGUGGUUUUCUUCAGUGGGAACGCCUGUGAUCUGCUCUGACCCAGAAAAAUACCCCUGAAUUUGAGGUGAUCAGGCAAGCCCUAGGACAUCCUCUAAUGCUCUUCUAGGCAGACCUGCUGUCAGUUCUGGCUUGGCCAUACCUGGAUUUGAGUACAGUCCCUCAGGUUGUCACCUGCAGACAGAAGAGCUCCCGACUCUUCACAGUAGCAGUCAGAGAAGCCCUGCUGACCGAAGGCUCUGUAUCACAGUGGAAAUGCUCCAUCACACAGAAAUAAAAACAUGAUUAAGUAUCUGAACUUGGUUUGUUCGUGGUAAGCCAGUAUUUAGUUCAAGCCUUUGAGUAUCAAAGGGAUGGCCUUGACUUCAGUGACACUGAAAUCUCCAAAAACUGCAUUUGCAUGUUCCAUGCUGGAAGGGGCUUCUGAAACUGUGACUUAAUUUCCAUGGCCAAGAGGUGCUCCAAGAAUAGUUGCCUUAGAUGGGGAAUUUACACCUUUUAUCUGAACUUCUCCUUUUAUUUAAACAAACACACCCAAACCCUGAGGAGUUCGGGUAAGGCUGAGCUUCCAAAACUGUUCUAAGAGUUUCAGCUGGAAUUACAGAGGGCUGUGUUUUGAGUCUGGGCAAUCCUAGUUUGACUGUUACUGAUUGUACAAGCAGCAGUAACAGAUUUCAGUAGAAACCAAAAGGGAGAGAUGAAAGUCCUAACACAACUUCUUUCCCACAUGCCUCAGAAAUCCCAGACUCUGUCUUGUCCCAUCUGUACAACUGAGAAUUUUUCUCUUUUAAUGGGAACUUAAACAGCUCAAUCAACCUAAAGAACUGAAGUCUACAAAAUGUAGAUGGGUAUUUGUGUGUUUAAGUUCUGGGAGAAUUUUGGUAAUUAUGUGCAUAGUUUUGAAAUCCUGAGGAUGUCCAGCAGUGGCAAAGCGUGUGGAUGAGCACUGCUGUGGUGCAUGCAGAUAAUUCAUAUUUUCAUAGGACUUGAUAGUCAGCAUGGGAGUAAUCUCAGACUUGGCUAAUGAAAGUGGCUGCACCUGGUUGAGAUCCUGCUGGAAGCUUUUCUCUGUCAAAGAUACUUAUGUGUGGGUGCUUCCUACUUUAUCAACCUCGUCCCUUCCUUGUGCCCUUAGGCUCAGUUGUGUUAAGGAACUGGAACACUUGAGAUCAUUGCUGUUUUGGCAAAAGCUGGCUCUGCAUAAAUGUGAAUGUCUCUGAAGGCUGCUCUUGCAUGCAAAGUUAUUUGGUUAUUUGAAAAUGUUUUUUAAUCUGGUAGCUGAAUCAUUGCUUUUGUAAGCUGUAGCUUAAGUUGUGUGUAGGUUUUAUCAAUAAGAGCAUGGCUGUACCUUUUUCUUCUCAGCUCUUCCUACAUUCAGCUGGUGGCUUCCAUAUUGACAGAUAAGUUGGAUGUUGAUUCCAUGAUAGCUGCCCCUUGGUGGAAAGAUUCUAAAAUCAGUGUGACCUGUAGGAACACCAGGCACUCUUUGCAAAUGAAAAUGUGCCAUCCUCAGCUGUCAGUGCAGUUUGCAGAGAAAUGAGCACAUGACAGCAAUUUGAAUGUUGAACCUUCUUUAAUUCAACACAUCAUUUGGUUUCAAAAUAGUUAAGUAAAUUGUAUUUAAAUAAUUGUAAACAUUCCAAAUAGUCAUCCAAAACAAAUUGUACUUUGCAUAAUCGUAACUUAGGAACAAAAUAUUGCAAUAUAAACCAAGGAAGAGUGAAAAAAAAAUUGGUAAACAAAGAAAGUACAUUUAAAUUUGUUCACAUACGUAUCCUCUGUAGAGAUUUACUUUUUUUUGGUGGUUAUUUAAGGUACCGUGUAAAAUUUCAGACUAGUGUGGGUUAAAAAUACUUAGUAUCUUUUUAUUGCUCUAUUCUUUUGAAUAUUUAUUUUCUGAAACUUGAAAGCUGUGUGCGGUAUGACUUUUGCAGUGCAAAAGGCUUUUCAUUCCAUAAAGUGCCUAGAAAUUCGUUAUGUGAUCAGUUAUAUAAAUAGGCUUAUUGUUUAGAAUGUCUAAAAUGAAGCCUGUCCUUUAGCCAUUUUUUCCCCUCUUAUUAAAUUUUUAAAGACACAUAUUUCAAACCCAAACAAACCAAUUCCAAAGGGUUUAAUUUUCUUCUGUUUCUCCCAAAUUGUACAGUAUGUUCUAACAAUUUAGGCUCCGGUUUGGCUAGUGGGGAGUCUUUCAUUAGAAAGCACGCUGUAGCAAAACAUGUAUUUUUUGUUAAGAAAUAGUGAAUGAUAUAAGAAUGGUAAAGGACAUCUACGGCAUAAUGACAGUUAUAUGUUUUUCAAAGGAAAAUGCAAACAAUAGGUAGAAGAAAGUAAAAUCAAUAAAAGGACAUUGUAUGAAUAUAUCUGGUCCAUUAGUUACGGUGAAAUCUAUUCUGUUCAAUCUGAAAUCACAUUCAGCUUAUGAGGUGGAUAAAUAAAAAUGUUAGGUCCCAGUUAUGUAGUCCUUUCUCCUUUUGAGCUUAAUGGCAACUUUGGAUGAAAUGGGACAUCAGGAUUAAAGCCCAAAUUAAUCAUUGUGCAGCAUGAUUUUUAUCACCUUCACUUCCAGACAGGUUAUUUCCACCAAGCAAAAUAGUUGAGGACUGUUUUCAUUGUAAGCUUAGCUACAGUUCCUGUGUUACAGAGGGGAAAAAAAAAGUCAGGAGUAUUCUUCAGCUAUGUGCACCUGUUCAGUUUUAUACCUGAGGGAGUCUGCUGGAAGUUUGCUUAUUUAACUUCAGUCCUUCCCCCUGGUGAAACCAUUGUGGCGUUUGGAUAGAAAGGUGUCAUGAGAGAUUGCAGGUCUGCUGUUCCCCCAAACCUUAAAAUUUACUAGGGACAACUGAUUUCCUCACUAGGAUUUCUGAUCCCUGUGUGCCAAUUGCUGGCUGAUUAAGGUCAAUGAUAGCACUUAUUCAGUACUUUUAUCGACUAGGAUCAUGUGAUAGAAGCAAUUGAUUUAAGCACAGGAUUGCUAAUUUUCUAUUGUAGCCAUUUCUUCUACAGAGCCAGGUUUUACAUUAUCAGGAGUUAUUUAUUCUGUAUUUAAAAGCAAUCCAUUUUUUCCUUUACAGGUAGGAGUGCCAUUGCAUACAUUCAGAAUUACAUAUUUCACUUGUGGGAGAUGUUUUUGCCAAUGUCAGAUGUACCCUUUGUUUCCAGAGAUCUUUGGAUAGGCUGGGAUUUCAAAUAGCAGAUAAUAACAUGCAGUGUGUAUUAUUGAUGUUGUCUUAAUUGUCUUAUUGACAACUCACUUGCACUUGAAGAGGCAUGCUAAUAUCAGACAUUUUAUGAGAUUGCAUAUAUUUUCAUGACUGGAAGCCAUAGCCAUAAAAUGAUUUUAAAAGCAUGCAAGUAUCACUCAUUAAAACAUGUAGAAUUUUUAAAAUGCAUUUUUGGGUCCACAUUUGACAUCAUCACUGUUUAGUUUUGUUAAUCCAGUCUCUCUCUUUCCUUUACUAGUCCCUAAUUAAGCUACUCAUCGAUAUUUAGCAUGGAAUUGGCUCCAAAGGAAGGUGCCAUGCACCACUACCAUUACCUGAAAAAAAGAGCUUACAGGAAUAGCAAAUUAUAUGCCUGCAAGAUACAAGGAAAUGGUCAUAUAAAGGGAAAACACAAGCUAUUUGCUUCUCCAGUGGCAAGGAGGGGAUGUUGAAGAGAGCAUAUAUUGCAUGAAGCUUAAAAUUACAAAAAUCUAGUUAUAAGUAUACUAAUUGUCGCUACUAAUUUGCUUCUGGUGAAGUAGAUUCAUUAAGAUGUUGGAAUAGUUUAGUUACUGCUGGUCUCUUUUAAAGACCUGUGAAUUAACUUGUCACGUUUUUAAAAUUUAAAAUCAAUAAAAAUAAAGCUGCAGUAUGUAUCAGCAUCAGCUGACAGAUGUAGACAAGUAUUAAGGAAAAUCUCUUGCUGAGAGUGAUUGUAGCCUGCAGUAUUCUAUAUAUGAAUGAUCCAAGCAUAUUUUAGAUUUCUCCUUUAGAAAACCUCCAGUUUGGACAUCUGGGUCUCUUAACGUGUCUGUCAGGGUGAAAGGACCAGUUGCUGACAUUACUUCUGGCAAUGGAGUCUUCUGGGUGCUGGUUUCCUUUGGUGCUCAUAGGACUCCAUCAGGGGCUGUUAGUUUCCACUCCUGUUUGAAAUGUGAACCCCUGUAUUCCUGUGAAACAUGCCCAGGCAGAAUUCAAUGUAAAUUCUGCAUGUCCUUUCCACCCCAGGCUUUUCUGCUUCAUUUUAUUUUAUAGUGGAUUUGCUGUAGAAUAUUCAAAGGAAGGAGAUGAGUUUUCAGGUUGGCUUACUCGUCUUAGUGUAAAAAUUUUUUGUCUUGGAGAAACUUGAGCUUCUACCCAGCUCUAUUCACUGAUACCUUACCAUUAUUUCCUUCAGAUUUUUUUUUCCUGUAAUACUGAAGUGAUUAUGAGGAACUACAAAUGAAUUCUGUAAAAUACUUUUAAAAAUUGGCAAUUGUUUGCACCUGUCUUCUAGUUCCCUUCAGCAUGUAUUGCAUUACUUUUGCAAUUAAUCUUUGUCAUGCAUCUUGAGGCCAAAGAACUUGGAAUUCUCUUUUCUAAAUAGGCCUCUGUGAUCAGGUGUUUCAUUAAGGAUCUUAGUGACCUUCUAAGUUUUUGCCACAUUUAUACCUCUUCAAUUUCACCUCAAUAAAUCAGAGGAAAGUCUAACUCUUGGUAUUUCUGUAAGCAGGCAAAUGAAGAAAUUUUAUAUCAUAUGUAAAUUUAUAGCAUUGAAUUGUUUCAAUGUGCUGGAGUGCCCUUUUAGAUAAAUAAUAUAGAUUUGGGGGCAAAUUCUGUCUGGUGGAAUUGAUAACUGAUAAAAUCUAAAGUAUCUGAAUCCAAAGGUUUCAUCAUUGAUCUCUAGGUUCUUGUACUAUAUUUGCUUUCCACCCACUUUUUUUUUUAUUUUUUUAAAUUUUUUUUAUUUUUUCUUUCUUUAUAGAGGGAAAAGAGAUGUUGCAGGGGGGAACAGGGAAUGACAAAGGUUCCCUAUAAACCCUAAUUGCAGUUCUGGGUGCACAGCAUCCGCAGAAGUAGUUUCCAGUAGGCAGUGGUGAUGAACAGCUCAGAAGUGACCUCUGCAUAGUGUUACCCUGCAUUGUGAGUGUGUGGAUUGGCUCUGCCUGAGGAUCUUGUGCUUGAUUUCUAAAAUAGAUCAAGUAGUGUAUGCCUGGAGCAAAAGGUGUCCAUCUGUGAAAUAUGAGCUUGAAUGACCAUAAUAUCAUGAGAAAAAUGGAUGACACCUGAAAAUUAAAUUUGUUGAUAAAGCACUGGACAGAACUUCAUUCUUAAUUCUUUUUCUGACUUUGUGUGACCUUGAGAAAUUCACUGGGAGGUGAUUUUUACAGGUGCUGGAGGCCUCUUGAUACAAAUGAAUCUGGGGGUUGCAACUGGGGCACUAAUCACCUCUGAAGCUCAGACAGUGCUUGUACAUCUGUCUCCCAAGUGGGUAAAAAGACUUUUGCAGCCUUUAAGGAAUAUUAUGAUCUUAUUGAGGAAACAUAUAUGAAUAUGCUUUUGUUUUAAUAAUUUGCUUGGAAAAAUGAAGAGGAUCUGGGCUGUCUGAAAGACUGUAGAUGGAGGAAGGUCUUGUAUAUUUGCAGGGAGGGAACACUGGCAGGUGUAAAGGAAAUGCCCUUGCAGAAGGCCAGUGGCCCUCCUUGCCCUUCUGCCUGGUGCUGGCAGUGAGAGGUGCUGGUUAUGGAGGCCAAGUGAGCCCAGGUGCUUGAGGUGGUCCAUUUUUCUCACAAAAUCCUGGUUCCCACUGUUACUGGGGUGAUGUUGGAGGGCACACCCUAACCCUCACUGUAGUACAGCCCACAAAUCUGUCCAGUCUGCAGUUUGUGUGUUGCCCCACCUUCAGUGGCAGUGUGGUCCCAACUUUACUGAUUGUUUGUGAAAAGCAGUAUUUUCAUCUGUCCUGUGGAGCAGCCACUCUACCUCCUUUGUCAUUUUAUUUGACCUUUCUGAUGCCUCUGACUCUGCUACGCUUUCACAGGACAAGGCCAGAGUGGCCCACAAUGUGCUGGACCUGGGUGCACCAAGGCUUUCUGCUGUGGCAGAAGGGUGCUGUCCAUCCUGCUCUUAAUGCCCUCCUAAAGGAAUGCCUCGGGCUGUGUUUACUCUUUGUAGGUUACUGAACUAAUGAUUGCAGAGGACUGUCAAUUGCAGGAUCUCUUUCUGUGCUUACGUGCCAUUUCCAAAUUCAGUGUUAUUGUACGUGGCUGUUUAGAUUGCUUUCCCCAGAUGUUGAACCUUCACAUUUUUAUGUGUUGAUACUCAUCUGCCACAUAUUUGCUCACUUGCUCUGGCUGGACUGAAGCACAAAUUCCUCACCCCAAAUUUACCCUCCAGCCACAGCCUUUGAACUGAAUGGCUCAGUCAGUGGUUGCUCCUGUACCAAAGCAGUUUUUCGUGACCCUUUGGGAAGUUGUUUGAGUUUCAACCAUGCAUGUCACAGAAGCCAUGAAGCAGUUUCGCCUUUGAUACUGUUCCCCAGAGGAUUUUCAUAUCUGCAUUUGACAGUUUUGCUCUUGAAAAUACUCCUGGUGUCUGGUAAAAAUCAUGGCUUUGGAAAAGCUGGCAGCAAGAGGGCAAGCUUAACUUUUCACCUGUAUGGAUUAGCCAUGGAAAGAAACUUUCCUGUUGGGUGUAUUUCUAGAGAGAUUCACUUGAGGUUUCCCAUGUGGAUGGUUUGAUGGAGGAGUUACCUGGUGAAAUGAUUCAGCCAAGAGGUCAGUUUUCAAUUGCUGUAAUAUCUUUUUUCUUAUCUAUUUUUAGAGACUAGAAAUGAAAACAGGAAUAUAAAUUCAUAGUAUCAUCAAAUGCCACAAUAAGGUUGAGUGGUCUUUGCCUGUUGAUCUUUUAGAACUCUGAUUCUCUCUUAGCAACUAUUUGAUUCACAAGCACACUGAAGCAGUUGCUCCAGGUAAAAAGUUUCAGUGUUGUCCGCAUGGGACUGAAAACUCUCGGAUGGAGACAGCUGCUGGGAAAGUCUUGGAGGAGAGUGUAUCAGGCAGUUGGGUAUUUGCUAGAAGAGUGAAUUUUGAUACUUCUCUAUUUGGUUGUGGUUUGUGUUGCUCUUUAUAGCCUCUGUUCAUUGGCAAAAGAGCUCACUUGCAAUAUUUCCCAUGCUAGGAAAUGGUGAGAGGUAGAGUCAAUAUUACCUGCCAGGACCAGUGGAGCACAACAUGCUCUAGUUACAUCACCUUCUAUUUGUGAAUUGUUACCUUGGUUGACAUGGAUAAGAGAACCAGCACCCUCCAGCACUGAAACCUUUAGUGUCUAUAACUUCAGUAAAAAAGUCUAAGUGCUCUAGUUUCAGUUAUUACAGUUGCGUGCAUUAGGAGACCUUGUUUGUGCCUUUGAAAAUAAUUCUCUGGUUUAUUUGUGUUGUAGAAGUAGCUCAAAGAAAUAAAAGUACAGAUUUGUUUAAGUUAAAUCAAAAUGAAAUGUUUAUGAUGAUGUGUAACUUCUUUAGUGUUUGCAAGACAGGAAUCAUUCAGAGUCCUUCCUGAAAAUGGACCACCUAGUCCAAUUCCAUUCACUGCAUUCCUAUAAUUUGUUAUCCAGUUCUGGUUAAUGUUUAGAUAUGAAAAAUUAUUGUGGAAACAAGUAAAAAAAAUACUGACUUAAAAAAAUUGCUGUGGAGUCAAAGAGGUGUUUUAAUCUCUCCCUUUUUUAUUGUUUAUCCACACAUGCUAUUUGAAGACGACCUCCUCUUCCCCAGACUAGGACGUCUGGGCUUGUAGUUAAAAGUGUAAGACUGUUGGUGGAGAGGUGUCUCCUUACCUUAAUUGUACUGAAAUUGCAGGGCUCUUGUAGCACCCACAGAACUAUCAGCAGUCCUCUGGCACUUCUGCCAGUAGGACAGACCAUGGGGCAAUGGGUGUUUUAUGCUUAGAAAAGUGCUGACAUUUGAUUUUCUGGUAAUGCCUUUGUUGUUAUCUAAAAGAAAAGCUGUGGCUACCAAAUUUUUGAAUUGGCUAGUCUGACCCAGUGGAAAACAAAGACCUUGGUUCCAGAACUGUGCUUCCAUCACUAGAUGGCUGAAAGAACUGAUUGACUGGCUGAGUAAAAGAUAGCUUAUCAUUUUUACCACUGCAUCUCCUGCUGCCUUCUGGGCCUUUGCUAGCACUCCAGAGAGCUGACUUCAUCUCCACAGAGGGAUCAAGGUUAAAAGCUCAAGAAAGUCAGAAACUUCAGAGUUCAUUUACAGGAGUGAAACAGUGAGAAAGGCUGGAAGAUGGCAAGAGUUGCUCUUGAGGGUUGGGGAAGAAGAGGGCAUGCUGUUGUGAGGUUGUUGUGAUGUUUGGCUGCCCCAGAGGUUGUUCAGUUCAGCCUCCAUUUGAGAAAUCAAAGUUACCCACUCUGUUGAACAUUCAUGUCAUAAUUAAGUGUGAGACUGUGACCUUUAGUAUUCUAAAAAAGGAAAAAUUGUUACCUUAAGGAAUUUCCCAUACCUUGAACCAGAACAGAAUUCGUGUCUAUGUUCUGGAAUUAUCUGGGUCCUUAGAGACAGAGAUCUUCCUGAAAAUUUAGUGCUCAGGGAGUCUGCUUCUUUAGCAGCUCUAGUGGUUGUUUCUAUGGUUAGACAAAUUGGUGACCUUUUGGAGAGCAUCAUGUUAUCAAACAGACCAAUCAACUCUUUAGCAAAUGUAAAAGAUUCAUCUUCAUUUAAGUAUCUAAGUGUAGAAUGAAAUUGAAUGUGUGUCUAAUGCAUAGAUUUUGCAUUGCAUUUGCCAAAGACAUCAUUUAUUUGGUGUGUCUAAUUCUUGGAAAAACAAUCCUCAGAGACAUAGGACUUGAUUUCCUGAGCACAGCUAUUGUUGUACUUAGUAAUGAAAAAUAAGUGCUUGGCCCUUCCGGGAAUCAAAAUGCAGAUGAUUCAAAAUUAGCCUCCAAAAUUUUGAGCAUUCUAAUAUGAAUGGUUAAAGUAUUAAUAUUGAGACUAUCCGGAGCAGAAAGCAAGGGUCCCCAGUGUUAAAAUGCAUACAGAGGGACUAACAUGCACACACACCACACACAAAAUUAAUAUAAGGGAUUAAUAUUCAGCUGUGAUAAUACUGGAAAAUAUGCACUGUGGAAAGUAGGGGAGCAUGUCUUCAAAGGUUGGUUAGUGCUUAAGGUGACAGAAAAUUAAUGCACGUGAAUGACAGUUGUUCCUGAGAGAGUCAUCAGAUGCAACUGUGAAAAGUCUCCUUUCCUUGAAUCCCACUUUAGUUGAGGAAGUCGUUAUAAAUGUUUGAUAGAACAAGAUGGACAAUUGCCCCAGGUAGGUCUGAGGCUUGACCUCUGCCACGAAUGGAUGCAAGAAGCCAUUUUCCACGGUGUCUGUUCCAUUUAAUUUCUUUGCAGGAUGACACUGGAAUGGCUAAAUCUCCAGUUUCUUUGUCUUGCAGCCCUUUGCUCUGUUGCUAGACCUAGGGAGAUUAGGGAUGCAGGACAUAACAUCACUAUGUACAAAGUUUGUAUCAAAUAAAAGGAUUCAAUUUUCUGCCAAGUUGGGGUUUAACCUCUCCUAGAUCCUGAGUUGUGCAUAAUUAAUGUAUUUUCAAUAUCUUUCAGCAUUUGACUUUCAGAAUUCUCUCUCAGAAUUAAUCUUAAAGAUGUUUCAGUAUUCUGCCUUCAGGAAGACAACUUGCUUUUAGCUCAUGCCAUAAUUUUUGGUUUCAGUUUUUGGAUGUCAUGUAUCACUCUGAUUAAAUGUCUCUUUCUUGCAGAAGGCUAUUCUCACAGGAAAAAAACCAAGCUAUUAUCUAACAAAUGUGUGGCAGUUAGUGCUAGCAUGGGCUAGUAUAUUUUUAAUGGCAGCAAUCUCUUCCAUUUUGUUGCGUGUGAACAAAACCUCUUGCCUGCUUUAUAUCAUCAAAGAGCUUGUCCAGAUUUGGCGGUUUUAGAUUGGGUAACAUCAUGAUGGACGAGUUGACAGUUCAUUAAACCAAAGAUUUUUUCCAUCCACAAUAGUCUGUCUUCUGUGUAUUUACUAUUAUUAAAGCCUGCACAAUAGCAUCUGUAAAUAAGACAUGCCUUUGCUCUCCACUAGUGUCGACUACUGAUGGUGGAUGCCUACUAACAAAAAUAAAGCUAGGGUCCUGCUGAGCUAACUUUUAAUUCAACAGCACAGUGUGUAUAAGUACACUAGUGCCAUUGUGAAAGAAUGGCUUUCUUCCAUUAAAGCAACAUUACUGUCCCUGAUGCUCCUUCCUGUCAAAUGCACUGUGGUUCAAAACAGUUUUGUCUGUAUUUGCACCAGUUCAGGACCCAAGCUGGUAGUAAGUAGUAGGUAUGACCUGUGCAGUUUUACAUGCAGUAGCUAGCUUCCUAGCUUGUUCAGCCCCUGUGAUGUUUGGGAUGUACAUUCUUUGAAGAUUACUUCCAAAGAAAGGCAUCCAAAUCCUUAAUUCGAGAUUCUGUCUAUUCCUGUGGUGUUUACAUUCCAGUAUGGCAGAAGAUCACUGAAAAAAGAAAAGAUGAAAAUGCACUUUUAAAAAGGGUUUCUCAAAACGGGUCUCCUUCAAAGCAUCACAGUCCUCCACCUCCUACCCUCUUUUAAAGACGGGGAUUAAUGUUUUGUGCAGGAAAAAAUAUACAUUAGUAGGCAACUUUGCUGUUUGCCACAGUGCUCUUGCUGGAGAGCCAUCCAUGGCGAAGCACUGGGCAGUGCGUGAGCGAGAGCUCUUCCUGCUGGAGCUAGGACAUUUUUUAUUAACACAGCUGCAAAGUUACUCGCUUCUGUUUUUCUCUGUGUUAUCUUGGUGCUAUUGUUUUUACUUGCUACUUAAAAACUACAGCCUCAUCAUCUUCCAGAGCGCUUGCUUGCUUUUUUAUUUUUUUUCAGUUUCGGCUGUAUAAUAAAAGGAUCAAAUAUUUAAAAUUGCUCGCAUGUUACUUUAUUAAAUGCAUUUGUAGGAGAAUGGGAAUAGUUACUGUGUGGCUUUCUUGUAGCACUGAAGCUUCCAAUUGUUUAGUUUUGAAUUCACUCUACUUAAAAUAUGCAGCAUAUUUUUUUAUUUAUUUUGUGUGAAUAUGGCGUUCAUUAGAGGGCCUAAUAACAAAGGCUAAAGCUUGGCACAGGGUGGCUGUUAUGCAAGCUUUCCCACACGCAGCUCUGCCAGUACCCCUCAAUUCUGACCUGCAAUAAUACCCUUGCUAUUCUAGUCCUGGGCCUUGCCUGAGCAGCGGCUGCAAACUGUGUCAAAUCAUGUGUGUGCGAUUUUUGUGAUAUAGACAAAUGAGACCUUUAAACUCCUUUUUAUUUCUGACCUUACAGUAAGUCAUAGGUAUUUUUAAAAACAAUUUCAGCAAGUAAUUUCUUAAUAAACCAGGAGCAAUGGCUGUAACAGGAGUGGUAAAAAAAAAAUUGAUGAACAAUUUCAAGAUAUACUAAGCCCCAUGUUUGUAUGGGAAGGUAAUGAUUUAGAAAAUCUGUAUUCUGGUGCAAUUAUUGUUAACUUUAAGAAAUUUGUAACACACCUCUGGUGUGAAUGGGAUUCUCUUCGUGUUUCUAGCAGAUAUUUAAGAGAUGCAGACAGAUGAGAUUUUUUUUCAGUUUAUGAUUUAUCUUAAUAAAGAUGGCAUCAGACAUGCAGCCAUCAUUGUGGUAUAGCAGCAGGAGUGAAAGGAUCAAUUCCUUGAAAGGAUUUAUGCCUCUGGAAUUAUGAGGGUUUUUUAUGCAAUGUUAAAAAUUUAAGGGAACUUUAGUAACUAGUGAAAGAUCAGCAACAUGUGGUAUGUAAACUCUGAUGGAGAGCAGGCUUUUAAUGCAGACAAUGCAAAUAAGCAUUUCAGCAAGCAAAAGAGAUUCACCUACACGUAUGCUAAUACUAAAUCCCAGCAAAACAUUAAUUUUAAGAUUAAAAAUAGCCUUUCUGCUACCCGAGCACCUAUGUAACGCUGCUUCUGUCCUUUAAAAAACAGUUUUAUGAAGGAGCAGUUGAGCCAAAAUUGAAAAAAGGGGGCAUGUAGCCUUUCAGGCUACGAUGAUUAGUAUUAAGAUGAGUUGCACUUUAGCUAGGCUGAAACUUGUUCGUAACAGAAUGUUAAAUACUUACUGAAAAGAAAGAUUAUGUCUAUCUAGUUACACCAUUCCUUGAUAUAUGCACCAUGUCAGAGUGCCAUUGUCUCCUGGGUAAAGACUGAGAGUUCAAAUACCCACUAUCUCUCCCCUGGUGCUCCAAAUGCUCUGCUUUGAAGUUUUUAUAAUCCAUCUGUCAUCUUCUAGCAGGGAGGGCACAUGUUCUGUACCACUCAAUUAUAGAAUUCUCUUUCGCCAGCUACAAUGAGACAGGAAAGAAUGUUAUGGGUGGUUGAGAGAAACUGUCAGAUAUACUAAAUUCCUGGGAUUCAUAUGGAUGAUGUUAUUCCAGUGUAGGAACACAGCAUGUGUUAUUGUUAAAAUGUAUUAAGGAUGCAUCUUGUAUUGUACCAUUUAAGCAUUUUGAUAUUUGCAUAGUUUUGUUGCUAUUUGAUUUUCAUUUAAAAUGCCAAAGCAGCCAAACAGUCUGAGGUUUGAUAAUUUCAUUUGUUUUGGGUGGAAAAAGUGACCAAAUAUGCAUAUAUUUUGGAAUAUCAGAAAUUAUCAUUAUUUCUAUUACAACAGUGAAAUGGAAAAAUUCUAUAUUUUUUUCUUUUUUUGUGUAAGCACUGUGGAACAGUGGAAGUGUUUAUAGACCGGUAAUAUUUGCCAUACCAAUUGUUUGUAUUAUGAUAUGAACUGAAGGCCUGAAAAUUAUAUGUGCUACCAUCUGGUGAAAACAGGAGUAGCAUUUCAUUACGUGGUACGUAUAAACAAUAGCAGCAGUGUAUUCUGAAAUUAUAGUUAAUAUUUUGCUUAAAGAAAUCUACUUUAUAGGGACCUAGCGUGCUUGAUAGCACUCUGGCUUUUCAUGUACUCCGUCCCUGGGGUGAUUUAAUUUGUUGUCUUAUGUGAAAUGAGUUUGAUGAGCUCAGCUAAGUCUCUUGUGGAUAUUAAUUCAUGGUGUAGGAGAUCCCACAUAGUUUUGCAGAGGCUGGCAUAAUUUUAAAAUUGUGUGGUUUGCUCAGAACAGGGUCAGUAUGCGUUGUAACAGAAUUUAUUGGAAUACGUAGAUUUUCAGGGCAGAUUUGUGCUACCAGUACUUGCAAAUGGUUUUGUUUUUUUUCUAUUUUUUUACAUAAAUGUAUUGUCUGGCAUGAGUUGAGGAGCCCCCCUCAAAUUCAGUUUGAAAUCUGCCUCUUUAUGGGAUCCCUUUAAGGCUCCUGAAGUGGACCAGAGGCUGUAGGAGUCUCCAGAUGGCGCAGACCCCUUCGUAAGCUGAAAUCAAACUCCCACAAACGUGUUCUGAGCAGUCAGCAAGACAACCUCUUGCUCAGACUGUAUCUGCAGUAUAAAUACCUCCUCCUGUUCCAAACAAACAGGAAUCCUGCCAUAUCUGAAAUCUGGCAACUGCUUUCAAAUAAAAUUUACUGUCGUGGCUUGCUAUUUUGCAGCCUGUCUCCUAUCUGUUGGGUCCUCCAGGAUGAUGGGAUGGCUGGCCAGUGUAAAGGCCAGUCCCUUUUAGGUUAAGGAGAUAAAGGGAUUGCCCAGCUGCCAAAUUCUGGUAAACUGAUCCCAAAUAGGUUUGGUAGAGGAACAGAAGGUAGUAUCUCUGAUUAUCUGACCUGGGUUGGUUAUAGUAAAAAUGGAAAUAAGACUUAAAAAAAGCCCCUAUGGAGAAAUGCAAUAAAUUGGAGAAAGUAUGAUCCAAGAUAAGAUGGUCCUUGCCUUUCACCAUGUGGGACCAGGACAGUAGUCAAAAGCAGUUUUUGUUCCAUUCACCCACUUGGAGCUGACUGGUGUUCCUGUCUUACUCUUCUGCACCAGCUGCCACCAGCAGCUCCCUGAGGCUGGUGAUGGGGAAAUUUCUAGAAUUAGACUCUCCCUGGCCAGUGUUAUUUUCAGUAAUGUGCCCACAGGUGUCCCACAGGGGGGUGGUGAUGAAGCGCUGCUGAGGGUAAGGCUGUGAAGUGCAGCGCUUGGUGGCAGAGCUGUAUUUUCAAGGUGAACACGUUCCGUGGAGAGGUUUUUGCUCAAAGAUGGGCUGUGUGGAAUGACCUGGGCAGGGGCUGGUGAGGCACAGCUCUCCUGAUGGCUCAGAAGGCUCACCCUGACCAUGUGGGGACAACCCCCGUGCGCUGUGUGAGCUGCAGCUCCCAAAGACUUUCAGCUCCAAAACUGACAGACCAUUUCUAAUUUUUGUAUUGGAUCUUUCAGCCUUACUUGCCUAUUGCCCCCAUUAGCCAUGAGUUAGCUGAAACCUAACUCUGAUCCUGUAGAUAGUGCUGAGACUGGACACUCUGAACUCCAGGGGAUGGAAGCCCACUUCUGUUUUUAAUUGUAUCUCCUACAAGGCGCCGGAUAUUUCCUCACUGUAUUUAUAUAGCAGCCAAUGCAAGUUUUGAAAAACAUUUCCACUAACGGCAGAUUUGAUUUUUAUAUAUGCUUUAC